ACCAUCCGCGGACAACACGGAAGCGCUGGAAGCUUCGCUUGCUACUUUACUUGCGCGAUAUUAAAGGUAUCGACAGAAGAAUUACAAUGAAGUGUUCCUCGGCGUACAGCAGUAUGUUCGUGCUCGUGAGCACACUCGCCUUGCUCCUAGUCUCGGCAAACGCCGCGCCAAUGGAACCGGACGACGAACAAUCGGAAAAUACGCUGGUGGCCCACGACAGUAACGACAUGGACAUGUCCGGAGGGUCCUGGGACGCCGUCAACGCCGCCGCGCUUCGCAAGCUGCUGCUCCAAUUGGAUGCCGAGGAAAGGUUGGGAAUGGGACGCGUCGGACGCUCCUGGCCGCAGGCGGAGCCCCGCGGCUGGAGCCGCGCGCUGGACGGGCGCCUGGUGAGGCCGUGGCGCGCGGACAAGCGCCAGGUCCGCUUCAGGCAAUGCUACUUCAACCCCAUCUCCUGCUUCCGCAAAUGAACGGACCAGCGACAACAAACGACUCGCUUAACGCUCUAGUGUUACGGUUAAUGCUCAUUUCAACUGUUCUGGAUUAAUGUAUUUCUUGUUAGGUUUUGUAUUGAUGACUGUUAUAAACUGUUUAAAGGUCGUAGUAACUAUUUUAAAUUAGCCUUUUGCUUCUGAACAUUUAACUACACCCUGGACUAGGCGUAGAACA